AUGGACGAAGCUACGUUACAGUCACUCUCGGCGAAGAUGAAGCGGCGCGCACGCUUCGACCAUGCUGCCCGCCGUCCCUUCCCCAGGAAACUCAAAAGCACAACCCACUACAGUCUGUUUAUCCGCGCCAUGAACAAUAUUCUCUCAACUGAGCUAGCUCAGUUCACCUACGCUCAAAUCAUCGACGGUCUUCCCAUCGAAGACGUAGCCUGGGACCGCCGCAUCCCCGCUGUCUAUGGCAAUCACCCCAUCGAGCACCACCCCGACCUCUGUCCCGGCGCUCUGGAUUGUGCCCGCAAACAAAAAGACGAGAUUGACUUUUCCAUCCUCUCCUUCGACCCUGGCUUGAUAAACGCCUACAUUCAAUCCACACCCGGGACCAAAGCUUUCAACACGCGCCUCAUCGAGCUCGUCGCUGUGGCGUUGAAUGAAAUAGGGGUGAUUCUAUUUCAGAUGGAUAUCCGACUCCAUCAAGGACAGGGAGACCUCUCGAUUGAAGCGAUCACCAACUGGAAGGAAGACCCCGAUGAAGAAACACUUCCCACCAUGUUUCAUCACCCCUACUAUUUACAUAGUGACAUCUACCCCCUCGGUGUGGCCAACAUGGCAGGGUACUGGGCCGAAGAUCGGAUUCUUGGAGGUGUCGUCACAUUUGACCGAAAGGCUGAACAAGAAGAUUGCACCCACCCGCCCAAUGUGUACAUUGUGCCUAGCCGUGCGGGGACUACGCUUCGGUACUGGCAACUGUUGGAUGGUCAACAGGAGGAGUUGAUUGGUGUUUUUAUUGGGGAUGGUGAAACUAAGGGGGAUGGUCCACUUCCACUGAAGUGCACAGAUGAGAAUAAGGUCAGGAUUGAUGAACGGUUUGCGGUUGUGCCGAGGGGGGUGUAUAGGGAUGUUUGGGAACGGUUGCCGCCGUCGAUAGAGCAUAUGAGGCAUAUGGAUCGGAGGCCGAGAAACGAGGGGGAUUAUCCGGAGGAUGGGAUGGUGGAGUUGAUGAGGGCUAUUGAGGAGGCUUAUGGGGAAAUAGAUCGGGAUGAUGUACGGGAUGACGUGGGAACGGGGAGUGUGGAAGGGGGUCAGGACAGAAAGGGGGAGGAAUGA